UGCAAUUGUCAUCCACUGGACAAUGCAAGCUGCAAAACAUGGCCGACUAUAAAUAGUCCUGAAGGCUAUGCAUGCUCGUGUUUGAUUGAAAAUUGCAGCUCCUUAAGUCAGUGCUGUGGAGUAUCUGUCAAAGGAGGAAAUGACAGUUCUGAAUGGUUGAGUUGAUCUCUUUGGGAAGCUGGAAGGUGAUGGAUUAAACUCCAAAGCCUAUCCUGGAGAAUCUUUUUCUUUUUGAACAUCAUUUUUUGUAAUACAAAAUGGCUUCACGGAGGACAAUGGCACGUUCGUCUUUUGGGAACGGAUGUUCCAGCAAUGGGAAUGAUGUCAGUGGGAGAAGCCGGUCCAGUGGCUGCAGCUACCUCUCCAAUGUGAGGCCAGAAAACAGGAGCACACUUUGCAGUGUGAUGGCACAGUUAGCUGAAGAAAUGCAGCCCUCUUUUGUGACUACUUUGAGAUCAAAAGCUGUGUCUGAAAACUGCAACGUAAAGUUCACCUGUGUGGUUACAGGACACCCUGUCCCUCAAGUUACCUGGUAUAAGGAUGACAAACAGUUGGAUAGAUACUGCGGGCUGCCUAAAUACGAAAUAUUCCACAAUGGACAAAAUAACUCCCUGCACAUAUACAAUUGCACUGUGGAUGAUGCAGCAAUCUACCAGGCGUCUGCCAUCAACAGUAAGGGAAUUGUGUCCUGCUCAGGCAUCCUUGAGGUUGGCGAAAUGAACGAGUUCAAGAUCCACCAGCGUUACUUUGCCAAGCUUAAACACAAAGUUGAAAACAAAUGUAGAGAAACACAAGAAAAAGAAAACCUGAAGCCACUGCGAACCAUUAGCCCAGACCGAACACAGAGGAAACGGCGCUCAACAAAGGAGACCUUUGUCAGCACGCCAAGCCCCAUAGAGGAUGAAGACAAUGAGGCAAAGGGUAUAAAAACUGAGUGUAGGUUACAGAAGGGCACUGUGAAGGAGGUUUCUAAAAAUCCAGCCUCAGACACAAAUGAAUCAGUGUCUGUGGAAACAAAGGGACAAAUAAACAAUGACCCCAGCAAUAAGAGUGGAAUAUACAUGUACAACCCAGAUCAUAAAGUCUUCUUCUCUCAUCAACCAAAAUCUCCAUUUGUCAUGAAGAAGAUAAAAAUUUCUGACAGUACAACACAUCCAAAACCAGAAAUGUUUGGAGAAAGGAAGAUGAAAGAUGAUUCUUCUUCUUUUGCAGCUCCAGUCUGCACAAAGAUUGUACAAAUCAAUGGGAAUUCAGAAGAGGUCAUGGAAGUAGAAAACAUUGUCAGUUUAUCAUCGACAAACGCAAACUCAGAAAACAUGAAACGAAAAAGUGGAACUUUAUUAAAAGAGGAAGCAGUGUGUGUUAAAAACCUGUCAAAGGAUGGAAACAUGUUUAAUAAAAGUACUGUGUCUUUAGAAAUGGAGAAUGGCACUACAUCAAAAUCCUCUCUUGCAGUAUGUCCUAGCCCUACUGUAUCAGAAAAUGAGGGCAAGAAAAUAGCCAAGCACAAGAAUGAAGGCAAAGAUAUAGAAAAGUGUUUGGAGAGACAGAACCAAGUUCCUGACAUUGUGCCUACACAAAACAAGUCAAGUAACAAAUCAGGACUUCUAAGCAUAAAGAAAGAGGACAUUGAUAAAAAAGAACACAUUAGAACCUUGGAUAUUGAAGUGAAGUCAUACACGUCAUUGAAUGGCUCUGGUUUCAGUAAGCCAGUAGAUACAUCAUGUGGCAUAAGGGCUGUUUCGCCUCAAUACCCAUGUGAACGGACUGAAAGUCUGCUUUCUGAGAAAGAGACAAGCACCUGCCAAAAAAAGGAGUCUGUGUCUCAACCAGCACUGCCAAGUGAGGUUACAGAGGCCAACGCAGACAUGAACUGGAAUGAUGCACCUGUCAGCCUUAAGCUACCGCUUGACCAACACAACGUAUACUCAGAGCCACCACAAAAGAGAGAUGACAUCCUGACCUCUCCUUUGUCCAGUGGUCCUCAACCAAGCCCUGACAAAAUAACACAGGAUACAUCGGAUGAUUGCAGGAAAUCAAAUGGAAGCUGUACAGCCAUUUUUACUCACCCACAGAAGUCAGCACAUGAAAUCCUUGGUCGUGGUGAAAGCAUCCCAGAGAGUAAUGUUUCGUCUGUCACCCAACAAAGCCAAGUGGAUACAGUUACAAAAACAUUUGAAGGGACAGAAAUACAAGAAGAUGAGAAGUUAGAGGUUGGUGAUGUAGGCAGGUUAGUGGUACAGGCUCUCAAUGGGAUCCCGAGUGAGAACAUGCCGGAAAUGAAGACUGAAACUACUGGUCUACAUAACCAAACUAAUGCAGAAGAGAACAAAGAUGUAGGAAAGAAAGACUCUGGGGCCAAACCUGCAGGAUAUCCUAUUGUUGAAACUAAGAAGAGUCAAUCCACAUUAAGAGAGGUAGAAAACACUAGUUUAGAUUGUGAGGAUUUGAAGUCAGGUCCACUUGAGACUUCUCCCCAAAAACAAAUUCCAGAAGACACAAAUACCCAUAAAGACAUCAUAACAUUCACAAAAAUUCACAAACCCGAAUCCAAAGUUAUAUCUAUUGCUGAACUUUUAAGGUCUCAAAUAAAGGCUCUGGAGUUAACACAAACCAAUUCAGUCUCCACCAUGUCUGUCCCCUCCAAGUUAACACAGGAUCCCGUGAUAACGGCUAAAGGAGUAUGUCAGGAAGAAAGAGAUAAAUCCCAAAAAAGUAAAGUAGAAGUGAAUACUUUCAGGACUAAGAAUGAAACUGAAUCAAGCACUGGCGGGGCACCGCACACGAACCAGAAGGAAGCACUCAUGAAGGACUAUGUGCAGCUAAAUGAAAAGGAACAGGAACAAAUUUUUAUUUCAAAGGAAAGUUUAACAACUGUUCGAACUUUACAUGACACUAGUCAGGAAACCGUGGCUCCAUUAAAAGAUUACUCUGUUGUUUCUUGGUCUAAUAGUGAAAAUGUAAAAGACAGUCCCCUUUCUUUACCACCAGAGGAUGGAUUUAUUAAGGAAAUUCAGUCAAUAUCAAAGCCACCUGGAACUAGUCCUCAUGAAUCUGGGUCUCUAAUUACAGCAGCACAUAUUAAGAAUAACAUUCAAGAGGAACAGGAUACAGCUAUGGAGCAGAAUAAAGAUGGAACUGUUCAAGGCUCCAACAUGGCAGCAUCUAUUUCACAAAUAAACCUCAACAAUAAAUUGGAAAUAGGAGAAAUAGAGGAAUCUAUAAUGAAUUCUUCCCAAAAAUUGCAAAUGUAUCAUCAGUCGGACUGUGAAUUUAGGACAAUUACACAAGUCAAAGACAUUCUUCUUACAGAGCAGGAGAACUCAGUGGUUAAGAAAGGUUUGGGGCCUGACCCCUUUAACAUUUUAAUUCCAGAGUCCAGUCCACUGUUAAAGAAAAUGUAUUUUAUUUCACCAAUUCCUUCUGCUACUCCACAAGAGCAAGCCUCUGGGGCACGUUGCAAAAUCCCAACACUGAAAGCAAAAACAGCGGAGGCUCAAGAGUCAACAUCACUCACUAAUAGCCAAACCCAGAAAAGAGAGAUACCUGUACAUAGCAGCAAGCUCUCAGCAAGCACUGUGUCUCCAAUCCUCUCGCGAAGGUCACCAUUACUGCAGCCCGCUGAAGAGCAAACAUCUGUGGCAGAAAGGCAAUCUCCACUAUUGACCAGAAGGAAGAUGGCUUCUGAAACUCAAACACAAAGCCGGCUGCUCACUGAGAAGAUCCAUGCUAAGGGGAAACCUACAGAGAAGGACAAAUAUAACCCAUUCAAAGCUCCCCAGGUUAUCCGUAAGAUCAGGGGUGAAACCUUUGCUGAUGGCUCAGGACACUUGAAACUGUGGUGCCAGUUCUUCAAUGUUCUCAGUGACUCAAGCAUCAAGUGGUAUAAAAAUGAGCAGGAGAUUGAUCAGGUUAAGAAAAGUGCAGGGGAUGAAACCCAGGUCAAUCUUGUCAUUAUUCAGGCGUCAAGCAAAGACUCGGGAGUUUACGGAUGCUCAAUAAUCAACGAAUAUGGCUCAGACUCCACAGACCUUCUACUUAGUGCUGAUGUAUUGGCUGGAAUGUCUCUGCGUGAGGACCUUGGUGUUGGGGAGGAAAUUGAAAUGACCCCAUUCAUGUUCAGCAAGGGGCUGGCUGAUUCUGGCAACUGGGGCAACAAAUUCUUUGGACGUAUAAUGAUGACAGAAUCGUGCAUUGGAUAUGGCUGUUCCCGUAAAGCCUGGAGAGCUAAAGUCAUUUACGGUCUGGAGCCUGUUUUCGAGUCCGGUAACACAUGUAUAAUUAAAGUACGCAGCCCUAUCAUCUAUGGAGGCAAGGAGGAAAGCUCUCUCAUUGAAAGGAACCUGCACAUGAUGAAACAGGAGUGUAGAAUUCAGAACUUGGCACGGGAAUACUGCAAAAUCUUCACUGCGGAGGCGAGGGUCAUAGAAAACUUUGGACCCCCCCUGGAGGUCAUUCCAGUGUACUUGAUGUACAGACCAGCACACUCUGUCCCCUAUGCCACGGUGGAAACAGAUCUGAUUGGAGUCUAUAAGAAAUACUCUGUCCUGGAUAAUGCAGGGAAAAUAGACACAAAGACUGGUUCUGAAGUAGAGCAGAAGUGCUGUGCCUUGCAGCACUGGGUUUUUCAGUGGACUACUGGCAAUUUACUACUCACUCGCCUGGAAGGUGUUGACACUAAGAUCACAAAUGUCAGAGUUUCAGUCAAAUCAACAGGGCACCAGGGUUUAUCUGUGGAAGGGAAUCCCAAGGUUUUUCAUCAGUUUGUCUCGCAGCACAAGUGCAACUACUUCUGUGGCCUACUUGGGCUGAAAUCUUUGAAGGUCAUGGACUCUUUAAGCACGCCAACAAAGCCAAAAGGCUCCAAGAGCCCCUUACUGCAGCGGAAGAAGGCUGUCGGCUCUUCCAGCCCUCAAACCAGCAGAAAAGCUGCUGUUAGCCCCAGGAUGCCCAGGAAAGCUGAACAUGAAGACAACAAGACUCCUUCGAAACAAGAAGACUCUGAUGCUCACAACGUGCCGACCUGACAGAGCAGUAUAUUCUCAGAGCUCUGUUGUUAAAACUCUGAAGUCCCCACAUGGAAGUUAAAGAAAGUUAAAUAAUUAUAUGGUUACCUAUUUCAUUUUAAUAUAUACCAUUCCUUGCCCUAUGGUACUUGCUGUGGAGAAUCUUUGUUAUAUACUGCACUUAUAUUUAUACUUUAGUUCUGCAAUGAGAAGUGGAGUCUUUUAUGAAUUUAGCUUUUUGUCAGUUAGGCACCAAAUAUCACAGAUCGUGGAAGCCUAACUCAGGUCAGUAUCUUUACUAUAUAAAUGUAAAACUAUUCAAACUAAAGCUGUGUUACAAAUAUUAAAUCUGCGCAACUUUACUUUUGUUACUGUUCUCGUCGGCUCAAGAAGUAAAAAGGACAUCUAGCCUGCGAAGCAUUAGAGCCUACACAGCAGGAUGGGAGUAAUCAACCAUUUUUUCUUAUAAAAAUGUAUUAAGCUGGAUGCAGCUUCACAUGAUAUUGUUUUACAAACGCAAGUGAUGUGAUUAUUGGUUUUUAAUUGGUAACCUGAGAUGUUUCCUUGCUAUUCUACUACUAUGCACUUUGAUUUCUAAGAACUGCACCUUGAAUGUAGCUCACUGUACAAUAAAACACAUGAUCAAAACCAUUAGUUUAGAGAUGAUGAAAAAAUACAAGACAUGUACAAUUCUAACUUUUUUCUUUAUACAUUUCACAAAAAUGGUUGUGUAUGCGACAGGCAAAUUUACAAAAAAUUCAAGUCAUGUUGAGUUCAGUUUGGUAAAUCCAGUUUAGUUUAAUACCCUCAUAUUCAGUGUAUAAUUAAUUUUAGAAAGCUAUUUUGUGAUUAAACCUUUAAUUAAAUUCUUCUGCAUGCACAGGGUGGUAGGUGACAGUCAGCACUUAAAUACAAAACUACCAGGCUAAACUUACCUUCAUUGAGACAAUUAAACAAAAAGGUAAACAUAACCAUAACUAAAUAAUGUAAUAACGCACCUAUCAAUGUCAUUUUCUACUGUCGCUAUGUGCAUGUGCACUGAGGGAUUGCUACAACUGUCCCAACAUGCUCGUCCAAGAGGAGUGAUUGUUGCAAUUUGCAAUUUGCAUUGUUUGAUAACUGGGGCUGCACGGUGGCGCAGUUGGUAGCACUGCUGACCUGCAGCAAGAAGGUCCUGGGGUCUUUCUGCAUGGAGUUUGCAUGUUCUCCCCAAG